UUAUUCCGGAAUCGUGCUGCAUCGCAUUAAGCAUGGCAGAAUAUCAAGAACAAGCAAACACUCCGUUGAUGAUUCAUAAUCCGGUGGAAGGCAGCAUACAUUUCGCUUGCCAAAGCUAAACACCCCCCACAGAGAUUUGGGUGGGCUAGUGAGUCAUACGCACGCUACAUUCAUUCGUUGUUUAGGUUUUUGCGAGGAAUCGGUGUAGGGUUAUUUUAAUUUGCAACUUUCCUCUAAACUUCAUAGUCAAUCAUUCACAAUGUCGCUCUAUCCAUCGCUAGAAGAUAUGCUGGUCGAUAAGAUGGUCCAGUCACAGAAUACGGCGAUCGCUACAGCCGCGGCCCAACAACAGCAGUACCAGCCGUACCCACCGUCAGCACCUGCCACGAAGGAUGGUUAUGGUUUGUACCCUAGUUUCACGAGUGAAAAGCAAUCCGAGAAGCCUUCUAGCCCUCAGUUGGGUGGGGCAGGUGCCCUAAUGUAUCCCGAUCUGUACGAAUACAUGGGCCUGGAGUUGUCCAAGGAGAUGAUCCAAGCGAACCUCCCACAGUACGUCCAACAAGCGAACGGUACGUCGUCUGCCAUCGUACCUCAGCAAUCUGCGGUGGCUAUCGUAAACAAUGCUAACAUGGUCGCACCCGUUACCGGUAACUUUACCGGACUGCAGCGUGGUCAAGUGACUAAUGGAAUACGUGAGCUUAUAAUGUGUAAGGGCGCGGACAAGAAAGUUGGCCUUCGGGUGCAAGCGAUCAAUAAGGGCAUUUUUGUGUGCGUGGUCGUUAAAAACAGCCCGGCUGCAUUGGCCGGUUUGCGUUUCGGUGAUCAGAUACUGCAGAUCAACGGUGCGCUGGUGGCAGGCUUUUCUGUCGAUGACGUGCACAAGCUGCUCAAGAAGAGUGACAAGAAUAACAUCUCCGUGGUGGUGCGCGACCGACCCUUCGAGCGUGCUAUUACGCUGCACAAGGAUUCGUCCGGCAGUUUCGGUUUCCAGUUCAACAACGGUACCAUCACGGCCAUCGUGAAGGAUUCAUCUGCGGCACGAAACGGACUGCUGAUCGAUCAGCAGCUGUUGGAGGUGAAUGGCCAGAACGUGAUCGCUAUGAAGGAUAAAGAAAUCGGGCAGUUGAUCAAUGGGUCCGAGCAGGUAAUCACGCUCACGAUCGUGCCAAAGAUGAUCUACGAUGUGAUGAUGAAGAAACUAUCCACCUCCUGGUUGCGCGGCAAGAUGGAUCACUCAGUGCCAGAUUUUUAAAUCACAACACGCAAACCAGAACAACAGUACAGUUACGCAACAAACAAACGCAAAGUUAAACAGUUUUCCACAGUGUAUGUUACGCCAAACCUUGUAAACGAAGAACCUCAGGUGAGAAAUCUGCCACACAGCAGGAAAAAGGAUUAACCAAAUUAUUUUUUGUGUGUCACACAGCACAGGAAUGAAAAGAAAAGCGAAUCUUACGCAACGAUUUUACGUUGUCAGCACAGAAAGAAUCGGAUAAAGACGUGUUUACGUAUUUCACAUUCAUUGUUACUGGCUAAACUAUGACUUAUUCACCACGUCCGCCAUCUAUGUUUGCAAAGCAUAUUAAAUAUAUCGUAUAUUAUACCUUCCUCCGUAUUAUCGGUGCACAUCCCUAAUGUAUAUUAUGGUUUUAACCAUGAAUAAAAAAUUAUUAUAUUCACUUUAGUAGUUAUGUAAA